GAGCUCAUUUUGUAUUUCUUUGCCCCGUGUGCUGUCUUGCAGGGAGUGUUGGAAAGUUUCCUGGGUACGGCGCUGACGGGAGCGGUGUUCUGUCUGCUGGCUGGACAGCCGCUGACCAUCCUGAGCAGCACGGGCCCCGUGCUCGUCUUUGAAAGGCUCCUCUUCAACUUCAGCAAAGACAACGACUUCGACUACCUCGAGUUCCGGCUGUGGAUCGGCCUGUGGUCGGCCGUGUUCUGUCUCCUGCUGGUCGCCACCGACGCCAGCUUCCUGGUGCAGUAUUUCACGCGUUUCACCGAGGAGGGCUUCUCGGCGCUCAUCAGCUUCAUCUUCAUCUACGACGCGUUCAAGAAGAUGAUCAAGCUGGGCCACUACAACCCCAUCAACGCCGGCUUCGAUGCCAACUUGAUCACCCAAUACGACUGCAACUGCAUACCUGGCAACUCGUCAGAUCUCCUUGACCUCUCGCCCUGGACAAACAGUUCUGAUCUGCCAGUGAACACCACCUGGGCGACCCUGACCAAGAAGCAGUGUCUGCAUUACGGAGGUGAGCUGGUCGGAGACGCCUGCGGCUACGUGCCUGACAUCACCCUGAUGUCUUUCAUCCUGUUCUUUGGGACUUACACCUGCUCCAUGGCUCUGAAGAAGUUCAAGACAAGCCGCUUCUUCCCCACCAAGGUGAGGAAGCUCAUCAGUGACUUUGCGAUCAUCUUGACCAUUCUCCUCUUCUGCGGCGUGGACGCCUUCGUCGGUGUGAACACCCCAAAGCUUAUAGUGCCAACGGAAUUCAAGCCAACGAGUCCUCAUAGGGGCUGGUUUGUCAAGCCCUUCGGAGGGAACCCUUGGUGGGUGUACCUGGCUGCGGCCCUCCCCGCUCUGCUGGUAACCAUUCUCAUAUUCAUGGACCAACAGAUCACUGCGGUGAUCGUCAACCGGAAAGAGCACAAACUGAAGAAAGGGGCGGGCUAUCACUUGGACCUGUUCUGGGUGGCCAUCCUGAUGAUAAUCUGCUCGUUCAUGGGCCUGCCGUGGUACGUGGCCGCCACUGUCAUCUCCAUCGCCCACAUCGACUCCCUGAAAAUGGAGACGGAGACGUCGGCCCCUGGAGAGCAGCCCAAAUUCCUGGGUGUGAGGGAGCAAAGAGUCACCGGUAUCUUUGUGUUCCUCCUCACGGGACUCUCCGUCUUCAUGGCCCCCAUCCUCAAGUUCAUUCCCAUGCCGGUGCUCUACGGGGUGUUCCUCUACAUGGGCGUGGCUUCGCUCAAUGGUGUCCAGUUCAUGGACCGCCUGCAGCUGCUCCUGAUGCCAGCCAAGCACCAACCGGACCUGAUCUACCUGCGACACGUCCCCCAGAGACGCAUCCACCUCUUCACCUUUAUCCAGGGCCUGUGCCUGGCCCUGCUCUGGAUCCUAAAGUCCACUGUGGCUGCCAUCAUUUUCCCUGUCAUGAUCCUGGCUCUCGUUGCCGUGCGUAAGGCGAUGGACUACGUGUUCUCCCAACACGACCUGAGCUACCUGGACGACGUCAUCCCAGAGAAAGACAAGAAGAAGAAGGAGGAUGAGAAGAAAAAGAAAAGCAAGAAGAAAGGAAGCAUCGACAGUGAAAUUGACUUUUCUGACUACCCCUACCAUGACAAUAUUCCCAGUAUAAAAAUCUCUAUGGAUAUGAUGGAGCAGGAGCCCAUGUUGGGGGAUAAAUCUUUGGAUAGAGAUCAAUCCAAGGCUUUCCUUAACACGCAUUCGCCGUGCUGAGCACUACUUUGAAACUGCCACUGUGGCCGAGUGAUCUUGAAAGAGGUGGAUACGCAAAAGGUUCCCCUCAGAUUCGAAUAGAAGGGGACUCUGAGGAGAACGGUUUUGUCUGGAGGAGGAAGGGCUCUGAAACGGAUCUGUGAACAAAUUAUCCAGAAGAUGCAGCAGAACCAGCGCAGCAUAGCAAACUAUAACCGUCCUCUUUUUUUUUUUUGUGUACUAUAGCAUGUUUAAGGAUUUCAAUCAAAAUGGCUGGAAAAUAUUUUUGUCUUAAAAAAUGUAAACACUCUGGUGGUACUGGUUUGUAAUCAGGGCUGAACUGAGUAUUUAUGUUCUCGAAGAACUAAAAGGGCUACUCGAGGUCACCCAUGUGCAGGUUUUAUAUGCAACACUAAUAUUUUAUGAUUGUACGCUAUCUUAUUCUAUAAAGAGUAUCGAGCCAAAGAUGUCAAAUCAAGAAAGAUGCCCAGAAAGAAGCUAGUUUUAGAGUUUCAUUCUGCAUAUAUCAGGAGUUCCUCCAAAGAACACCGGCAGUAACAGACCUAUCUUUUUUAAAGUAAGGUUUUGAUUGAAUAUUGUAGAUUAUAGCAGUGUAGAAUAACUAGCACAUCAGUUUUAAGAGUUAAAACUACUUGUAUCAUAAGAUUAUUAAAAGAGUGCAUUUGCUUUUCUUGUAGUGAACAAAAGGUUGUCGGUGAUCCCUCACAAGCUGACGCUAAUUUUAAAUCAACAGGCAAAUUAAAUAUUAAUUUAAUCAUCGAUCAAAGGCUGCAUACUCGUCGCAAAGCUAAUCUUUGUGUUAGCCUCAAAAAGACUGGAAAAUCUGUUUGUUUCGUUUCCUUAUCCUUCCCUUCUUCUUCUUUUUCCAUAUUUAUUAUAUUUAAACUCUGUGCGGAACAAUCUGAAUCUGAAGUGUGAUCUUUUUUUCCCUCCCGCGGCGUGGAUCCUCUCCCUGUUUUUGGGUGGAGAUUUCAGAGAUGUGUUUUUACCUGUGAGUAGCUCUACCUCUUCUGUUUCUAUGUAGGUGCCAGGCAUCAUCCUGUUCAAAACAUCUCUCGUGCAAUUCUUUGUGAUCAAACACUUGAUUCAUUUUUCUUUCUCGACUGGCACCGUGUAAGACCUCUGAAUCUGAAUCUUCUAAGUCCUUUUUUUUUUUUUUUUUGCUUUGUGACACUUAAGAUAUUAUAUUUUUGUUAAUCAGUAUGAUUUAAUUAUGUACGAUUUUGCAGUGUUUUAUACGGAAGCCCUAAGAGGACGUGAAUCAGUACAUUUUCUUUUACUCCGUUUCCCCAUGAUAAAGAUUAGAUUUGGUUGUUUUCUCCAGAUCCCAUCUUGAAAUUCUGUUAUCCCAGUUUUUCCCGUGCAAACGAGGUAAUUUCAGUCGUUUUUCCUGAAAUCUCAAGAUAUUAAAAUGGCAAAAAAAAGUGUCGUUAUCCCGAGAUAUCCAGACUUAAAAGUCAAAGAUCUGCAGAAAACAGGCGGAAAUAAUCGUCAGUCAAAUGGAAGUUUAAAUCCACCGAAAUCACUUUCUCAAACAUUUUAAACGAUGUCUACUCGCAGCAUGCU